UCGCCCAAAAAAUACAAAAAGAGCUCUUCUUCUCUUUGACAUCGCAACGCGCGGACGCGGUUCAACCAACCAAAACCAAAAGGACCCAUUCUAAUAUUUAACGACAAAGAUUUUUUCUUUUUGUUUUUAACUUUCUCUGCUAGCUUUUUAAUUUUAUCUUCAGGAACGGCUACUGUGUAAAGAUUUUCUCUCCUUUUCUCACAUUCCAAACAGCCAAUUUCGGGAAUUAAAAAGCAUUAUAGAGAUGCCAAAUUGGGAACUGAAAAACUGCUGCAAGCACGACCAGGUAGCCUUCCUAGUUACCAUCGGUGUCUUCUCCAUUGUUAUUCUCGCUCUAUGGAGGACUGUGCUAAUGACGCCUUUUAAGCUCAUCACUGUAUUUUUGCACGAAGCAAGUCAUGCAAUUGCUUGCAAACUCACGUGUGGUCAUGUAGAAGGGAUUCAGGUUCAUGCAAAUGAAGGUGGAGUUACACAAACACGUGGUGGCAUAUAUUGGUUGAUCUUGCCUGCUGGAUAUCUUGGUUCAUCAUUCUGGGGAAUGGCUUUGAUACUUGCAUCCACAAAUCUCACUACUGCAAGAAUAGCUGCUGGUUGUUUUGCAGUUGCUUUGUUGGUUGUGCUCUUUGUAGCUAAAAAUUGGACGCUUCGAGGUCUUUGUAUUGGAUUCAUUAUUUUCCUUGCUAUUAUUUGGCUAUUGCAAGAAACAACAAAAGUACGGAUUCUUCGAUAUGUCAUUCUCUUCAUUGGUGUAAUGAACAGCUUGUUCUCAGUUUACGAUAUUUAUGAUGAUCUAAUAUCUCGGAGAGUCCACUCCAGUGAUGCUGAGAAGUUUGCGGAACUUUGCCCCUGUCCUUGUAAUGGUGUUGGUUGGGGAAUUAUUUGGGGGAUGAUAUCAUUUAUUUUUCUAUGUGGAUCUAUAUAUCUCGGACUUGUGAUCUUAUCUUGAGGUUCAGACUCGAUCAAAUAGUUUCUUCAUAUUCUGGGGGCUUCCGCUCACUUCUGAAACAUUAUCAUUUUUAUUUAUCUGAUGCUUAAUAGUGUGUUGUGUGUAUAUGGCCUCAUUCUUUUACGCUUCAUAUUUGGGUUUCAAAGGUAGCAAUAUAUGAUUCAUUUGUACAGGAUUGUACCAACAUACUGAUUCAGAAUUUUAGUAGCAACUCAAUUGAUAUAUAAAGUAGAUUCCAUUUACUA